AUGUCUGCUUCAGAUUAUGAAGGUGCUUAUCCAAAGAUUUCUUCAUGGAAAUCAAACAGCAAUUGUUGCUCAUGGGACGGGGUCGAUUGUGAUGAGGAGAGUCGUCAUGUGAUUGGACUUGAUCUUAGUAGCAGUUGUCUCUAUGGCUCUAUCAACUCCAACAGCACCCUCUUCCGCCUUGUUCAUCUUGAGAGCCUCAACCUUGCUGACAAUCAUUUCGAUUCUCAAAUUCCUCCUACUGUUAGGAACUUUCCAAAGCUCAGGUAUCUCAACCUCUCUUACUCUGCCUUUUCUGGUCAAGUCCCGCGUGAAGUUUCACAAUUGACGAAGUUGUUAUCCCUUGAUCUAUCUCACAAUGGGGAUAUGUUUUUGAAUGAAAAAUUGUUAAGAAGCCUAGCUCAAAAUUUAACUGGCCUAGAAACACUUGAUCUUUCUUUCAUUAAUAUAUCAUCCACAGUACCUAAUACCUUGUCCAAUUUGUCACAUUUGACAUCCCUCGUCCUAAAUUCAUGCGGCCUGUUCGGCAAAUUACCAUUUUCUCUUGGUAAUCUCAGACAUCUCAUCUUUUUGGUGCUUUCAGAUAAUCAGUUCAAUGGCCAGAUUCCUUCUUCAUUUGCGAAUCUUACCCAACUCACAUAUCUUUCACUUGGGGAGAACCAUAUUAAUGGCACUAUCCCAUGUUUUCUCGGAAAUCUUACCCAGCUUGCAACACUUCGUCUUUAUUCAAAUCAAUUAUCUGGUCCAAUCCUAUCUAGUUUAGGUAAUCUUGGCAAACUUACUGUUCUAGAUCUUAAUUUCAAUAAAUUUCAAAGAGAGAUUCCUGAGUCAUUAUUCAAUGUAGCAAGUCUCAAGAGACUUCUUCUAGCUUAUAAUAAUCUCAGUGGUACAGUGGAGUUCCUCAAAUUUCUUAAGCUACCAAAUUUAAUAUGGCUAGAUCUAUCUGGUAACAACUUGGAUGUAAUCACUGAAACCAGAACUAUGAAUGCAUCCAACAUUCCAAGGUUAAUGUAUCUAGGACUGGGUUCAUGCAACAUAAGAGAGUUCCCAAAUUUCCUAAGAUAUCAAGAUACAUUAAGGUACUUGAACCUUUCUUGGAACGGAAUGCAUGGCCAAGUACCAAAAUGGAUGUGGAACACAAGCAGAGAGUCUUUGGACUACUUGGACAUUUCUCAUAACCUCCUUUCAGGCUUUGACCAGCCUCCGGUUGUCCUUCCCUGGGUUGAACUACAGGGGCUAGAUCUUUCGUUCAACAGGCUUAGUGGCCCUUUGUUGGUACCUUCGUUACAAAACAUCCAAUUCUAUCACAUUUCAAACAACGAAUUAACUGGAGAAAUUUCACCUUUGAUUUGUAAUGCGAGACAUCUUCUUUCCCUUGAUGUGUCAAAUAACAGUUUGAGUGGUAUGCUUCCGCGGUGUCUGGAAAACUCAAGUAAACUUAUAGUUUUAAGUGCUGGAAACAAUUAUUUUCAUGGCACUCUUCCUCACCUAGGCACCAAUGGAAGCCGUUUGAGAAUGAUUGAUGUCAGUCGUAAUAAACUGCAGGGGAAAUUACCGAGAUCAUUGGCGAAUUGUUUGAAGCUCGAGUCUCUAGUUCUGUCGAGCAAUAAGUUCGAUGAUGUAUUCCCCGUUUGGUUGGGAGCUCUUUCAGAAUUAAAAGUUUUGGCAAUGAGGAAUAGUGGGUUCCACGGUGCUAUUCCGAGACAUCAAAGCAAUCAUGAUGGUUUCCCCAAUCUGCGCAUCCUUGAUCUGUCUCAAAAUAAUUUUACCGGUCAGUUUGCAUUUGAAUUCAUCCUCUCUGGAGAAUCAAUGAGAGGUAUCCAUCUAGAAGGAUCCGAGUACAUGACAACACUUGGAAUCGAUAUUUAUGAAAACAGCCAUGAUUGGUAUUUGGAAGCUAGUUACAAACAUGACCAAUCAAUGACGCUGAUGAAUAAAGGUGUAGAGAGAUACUUCCCACAGGUUCGUGAAGACUUUGUGAUCAUCGAUCUGUCGAGCAAUAGAUUUGAAGGCAAGAUUCCAGAAUUUAUUGGGAACCUAAAGGGGCUUCGCUCACUUAAUGUAUCCAGUAACAUUCUAAGUGGCCGAAUCCCACCAUCCUUGGGAAACUUGACAAAUCUCGAAGCUUUGGCCCUUUCACAUAACAACUUCUCGGGUGAGAUCCCUCCAUCACUGUUGCAGCUUUCAUUCCUCCAACAAUUCAGCGUCUCGCACAACAAUCUCACAGGUCGAAUACCGGUUGGAAACCAGUUUAGUACCUUCGAAGUCACUUCAUAUGAGGGCAACCCAGGUUUGUGUGGAGUUCCAUUGCCAAAGAAAUGUUCACGUUCUGAGGAGGGGCCUGAACUUCCACCUUCAACAGCAGAAGAAGAAGAUGGAGUUGAAUUGGAUUGGAAAUUUGCUGCGGCGGGGUUAGUGAGUGGGUUGGUGGUGGGAGUGGUUCUUGCAGACUUUGUGACCACGAGGUUCAGUGAGCGGUUCAUUGAGAUUGUUGCAUUUCUGAUCAGACUGAUGAGAAUGCCCAGAAGUUGA